CCACCUUCUCUCCUCUCCUCCGCCUCGCGUCAAGCGUCAUCUCUCGCCGCCACGUCAUCCGGAUUCCCCGUCGGAAUCGGAGCUUGAUCAUGAAAGAUACCUCGAUUUGCCUUCCACGUCAGCAGAAUGCGAACAAGGUAAUAGUUUACCUAUCAAUAUAUAUUUUUAUAUCAAGUAUUGAAUUUUUGAAGUUCUAUGUGUAAAUUGGGGUUUGAAUGAAAGUGAUAUUUUGUGUUUUAAUUGUUGUAUAUAAAAAUGAAAGUGUCGCUUGUUUAUUUGUCGCAUUCAUUAUUAAAGUGUUACAAUUAGCUAAAAUUAAAUUUAUCAGGGAGUACUCAAAUCGAUAUUCUCUUGGGACGUUUGUUUGGCGGCUGAGAAUAUAAUUGAACCGAAAAUAUAAAUAUUUGGUUUAUGUUUCAUGUCAUUUCUAUAUUUGAAGGGGCAUUCUAAUUUAUAUUAGUACCUAAAUUCACGUUCCUCUGUGCUGUACUUGUUUGGUUGUGGAGAAUUGAAACUGGGAAGAGAAACAAAUCUUGAAUUUCAUGUUACAUGCAGUUCUCUUUAUUAAAAGUGUGAAGCCAAGCUUAAUGACCAAACUUGGUCAAUAUAUUUUUUACAGUAGUCCCUUUUGAAAGCAUUAUCAGGCCAAAAUUUUGGAGUAUAGUUUUUAGUUUGUGUGGAUGUUAUGUAUUACAUCAAUAUUCAAAAGUUGCAGGAAGAAUGGUAGUUUCCACCAGUUUCAUCUUUCAGAGAGACAGGUAAGAAUAUUCUUGCCUCUGGCUUUUCCUUUUAAGUUUCUUGGGAUUUUCGCUGAUAUGGAUUGAUAGUACCAUUAAACGAGAAAUGGUUGCAUGCAAGAUUGAUUUUAAUUCUGCUUUUUGUUUUAUUUUCAGAUUUGGGUGAUGGAGCCAUACCUGUGAAUGACAGUGGCUAUAAUGCUGUUCCCUUUUCAUACGGAAACACUGGUGAAUCCACUGUUGAAAGAAAUGUUGAGGCUGAGUCUGGGUUUCGGCCUCCCUUCCCAGUGCCAGAAAGUUUACUUCAAAACCUAAUUGGCCGAAUGAUAGUUGUGAAAGGUGCAUUUGUUAUUCUAAGGCUUAUCAUGUCUAAGUUUCAGAUGCUUGGCGCAGAGAUGGAAGUUCUUGUGAUCCAAGGUUGCCAUUCGUGGGCUCCUUGUUUCCUUGUGAUGUCAUGACAAGGGGCCGUGCAGGUGGGAUUAGGAUGAUAAAAAUCUGUUGCUUUCACAAAUCUUAACCCUUGAGAGCAAAUGGGAUGAUACAUAUCUUCGUAGAGUUCUGUUUCUUGAUCUUUGUGAUUAUCUGAAUAUAACCUCCGACAGAGAAGGUACAUCAAAUCAUUGCUAGGACUGCUAUGUUUGUUAGCAAGCAUGGUGGGCAAUCUGAAAUAGUUUUGAGGGUCAAACAAGGAGACAACCCAACAUUUGGGUUCUUGAUGCCUGAUCAUCAUCUGCAUUCAUACUUUAGAUUUCUCGUUGAUAACUCGGAUCUUCUGAGUGAAGAAAACAAAAAUGAAAGCGGGCUUGAUCAAACCACUGGUGUCGGAGGAGGUGGUGCAUUGUCUUUGCUUGGUUCUGUGUAUGGUUCUGGAGAGGAUGAAGAUGAUGGAGCUGAGGAUACCCUGGAACUUAAAAGAAACAAGUCUGGGGCUGCUUCUGAUUCUGUUAAUGCAACCAUUUCGAAGGGUUCUGAGCAGACAGAAUCUCCUGGAAAUGUGGCUAGGAAGGACGAGAAAGUUUCUAAGCAUUCGUUUCCUUCUUCAAAAGAGAAGGCUCCUAUGAUAAAAAGAAACCAAUCAGUUAGUGCGGUAAAGUUUAGAACUUCAAGUGGGACAAAAAAAGAAUGUGACUUGGCUUCACUUCGCCCUGCUGCUGAUAAGCCACAAGGUUCUGCUUCACCAAGCAAGCCCAAGUUUGAAUUACCUGUUGUGGAGCCUCCAUCUGACAUGAAGAGAGCAGUUGAAAAGAUAGUUGAAUUUAUCCUCAGAAAUGGGAAAGAAUUUGAGACCGUUCUUGUUGAACAGGACCGUGCCUAUGGAAGAUUUCCGUUCCUUCUGCCAUCAAACUUGUAUUAUCCCUACUAUCUAAAAGUUCUUAAUAGUUCUGAAGAGUCAAAGUUACCUGGCAAGGGUUCCAGUUCUGAUAGGCGUGAUUCAACAGGGUUGGGGGUGGACAAGAAAAAGGCUGUAUCCAAAGAAAGUGAUAUGCAAUCCUUAGGAUCUGAUAUACCUUAUGAUUCUGACAAGAAGGAAAAGUUUAAGAUGGUAAUAAGCAAGUCGAAGAAGGAUGGACAAGAACAACCUUCAAAAGUCACUGCACCUAAUACUGGUGUCACCUUGGAUGCAGCUGCAGCUGCUGCCAUUCUUCAGGCAGCUACACGAGGCAUUAGAAAUCCCAAUCUAGACAUUCUAUCAAAUAAGUCUUUAAAUGGUUCCAGUCAAGGCCCUAUCAGUGAGGGUGGACAGACUUCUCAGUGCCAGAGUUCUAAACAGAGGUUGGAUCAGAAGGGGGAGCCAAGUAUUCCUGUCCCUGUUGCAAAUGCUAUCGCAAAAUCAGCUGCUAUUGCUGCUGCAAGUGAGGCUGACUCAUCUGAGGCCAGCUUGACAGAAGAACAGAAGUUGAAGGCUGAGAGAUUGAAGAGGGCAAAAGUUUUUACCGCCAUGAUUAAAAGUAAAGCAGCACCUUCAAAAAAUGAAACAUUGCACUGCUUAUCUGUAGAAGCGGCAGGUUCUGGGUUUUCUGGAUCAAGUGCUGAGGUUGCAAAUCUCUUAGGCAAAGAAAGAGAGGGCAGUUCGGUUCCAGUUGAUGUUGAUACUUCUAGCAAAAAUGAGAAGAUUGAAAUGAAAGAUUUUGGUGAAGAUAGUGAAAGACGUUCAAAGAGGAAGUAUCGUUCAAGAUCUAAUGGGGAUGGAGAAGAGGAGGAAGAAGAAGAAAAGGAAGAAAAUGAUCACAAGCGCUCUAAAAAGAAACGGCAUUCUCAUCGAUCUUCACACCACAGCAGGGACAGAAAAAGACAUUCCUCAUCAAAGGACAGAGAUUCUCGGCAUCGGCACUCACAACAUCGACAUAGGCAACAUAAAUACUCUGAUGAUGAAUCUCAAGAGUCCAAAGAUUUACAGAAGCAUGAUAGCUCCUAUGAUGAUGAGCAUCGCUAUUCCCGACCUCGACACAAGCAUGUUAGCUCCUCAGAUGAUGAGCAUGGUCGCCACCGACAUCAUCGCAGGCACAAAUAUAGCUCUGAUGAGGAGCACAGACACCUAAAGCAUAGGAAGAGGUCUCACUCGGAAAGAGAAGUAGACCUGGAGGAAGGGGAGAUUAAAUCAGAUCAAUCAAAAGCAAGCAAUAGCAAUGCCCUUAGUAGAGAAACUUCUGUGGAUGUAUCAAAAUCAUCAUAUCAUGCUAGUAGGGAACCUUCUGUGGAUUUAUCAAAAAUAAAUCAAGAUGGAAGGGCUUCAUCUCAGCCCUCCAAUUCAACUAGUGAAGUUUCUGAUGAUUUGAGAGCAAAAAUCCGAGCUAUGUUGAUGGCAACCCUGUAAUAUGUACUUAAAUUAGCUGUAUAACAUUUUAACUUUCUUUUGUGAUAUCUCUUAACUUUAAUCUUUAUUUUUGUUUACUGAAA